AUGUUCUACCGUACAGGCCUCGCACUACUCUACAUAAUAGGAGUAGGAUUCGGUGUUACAGCACACGAAAAUGGAAGAACGGUCUCGAAAGAGCUAUUCAGCUCACUCGAGGAGCUAUCCAGACUGGUCGACAUAGCCUACUGCGUUAGCACAACAGGGGUGCAAGAACCAUUUCAGUGCCUUAGUCACUGUGCCGAAUUUCCAGAUAUGGAAUUAAUCACAACAUGGAACACAGGAAUUCUAUUGUCCGACUCAUGUGGAUACAUCGCCGUUUCUCAUAAAGCUGGAGCGGAGCGCAUCAUCCUCGCAUUUCGUGGAACAUACUCGAUCACCAAUACCAUUAUCGAUCUUUCAGCAAUUCCACAAGCCUAUGUUCCAUAUACAGGCGAAGAAGAUGGACCAGAAGGAAAUACUAAAUCACAUACAAAAUGUGAAAAUUGUACCGUCCACGCUGGGUUCCUUAAAUCUUGGAUAAAUACCCGCUCCACAAUACUUCCUGUACUAUCCGAAACGAAGCUGAAAUAUCCGAACUACUCGAUAUCCCUCGUGGGCCAUUCUCUCGGUGGAGCAGUCGCCGCACUAGCCGGUCUAGAGAUGAAGUUAAAGGGUAUGGAACCCACCGUGACGACAUUCGGAGAGCCGAUGAUAGGAAAUGAGGAAUUUGGCAAAUUCCUCAAUGAGAACUUCCAAUUGGAUGAGCAGCACAGCCCGGAUGAUACUCACUCAUUCCGACGAGUAACACAUAUCAACGAUCCCGUUCCUCUCCUCCCACUCCAAGAAUGGGGCUAUGCACCACACGCUGGAGAAAUAUUCAUCUCUAAACCCGAUCUUUCACCGAGUGUAUCAGAUAUCCAAUUCUGCACCGGAGAUAAAGACUCCUCAUGUAUCUCCGGGUCCGAAAAACCGAAAGUUCUCCCGUGGCUAUCACGCGAGGCGCAGUUCAGCCUCAGCAAGGACGAAAAGAAACCCUGUUCAUCAGGAGAUGUGGGUCAAUUCGGUUCGGAAGGAUCCGAAUUCGUUCAGCAGGAAAAGUGUGGAACCACAUCGGAAGAAACAGAAACCACAUGGAGUUCCUCACGGAGUUCGAGUCAGAAACAGACUCCACUUCAUGCUCGCUGGGACUGGUCUUUAAUCCCGGCGCGAUACCAUCUCUGGGAACUUUUCCAUGCUCAUCGGGAUUAUUUUUGGAGGAUUGGGUUAUGUGUUCCUGGUGGGGAUCCGACGGGAUUUGCAACUGAUUGGUAA